GUGCGUGUGUUUUUUUUUUUUUUUCUUGUUUUCAUUUCAAAUGUUAUGUAGUUUAUAACGUUCCUUUCAUGACUUUCGUAGGGUUUAAUGCGUUUUGACGGUGAAAGCGCCAAGCAUUCAAAAUUGAUCGGUUUUUCAUUUUUUGAGGUCGCUCAUCUUUUUUCCCAGCCACGUCAAGCUCAAGCUCUCUUCAAAAUCCACGAUUGUUUUCUUACGCCUAGAAAUCUUUGUAAAGACUUCAUAUCAUACAAAUUGGUGAAAAUUGUCCGCCCCCAGUUCACACUGGAAUCGUAUUUUGGAUCUUUUGUUGUUUUUUGAUUCUGUUCAGCUCGAAUCGGUUUUUAGUUUCGUCAAGAGUUUACGCAGCAAGAAAUUUACUUUCUAUGGAAUUUUGACUCUAGUAGAGUAUGAAUCUACUUACAAAAUGGAGGCUAUCGCAUCGCUUGUUUAAAGUGUAUGAGUGCCUGGAUUUAUCUGAUCAAUUUGAUAAUGUCACAAAAAUUGAUCAAGUUGAUCAUAACAACCGAAGCUAACUUGAAGUCUUGUCUGUAGAGUAUAGGAUUCUAUACUACUACAUUUUAGUAGAAAAAGUAUCGUAUCCUAGAAUUGGAUGCUUUUUCUCUCAGAUCUCUUAUUUAUCUUGCAUUUUUAACCGUUACAUGGCGCUUUGCUUCAUAGCUCAUCAACCUGCUUCCUAUGAUUAUAUUUAUAACGUUUUACUUAUAAGUAUAAGACUAUGAAUUGUUUUAAAAAUAUAAACAGUCAGCAAUAGUCACUAUAAAAAAAGGGGCCCCUCCCAAAGUUUAGUGAUGCCAUAUUAUCCCUGCUUCAAUACGUCAAAUAAUUAGUCAGCUUGCAAACUGAAUCAUCUUCUGGGAAUUUAUGCCUUAAUCUGAUGCUUUUUCAUUACGAUUUCUUUAUUUUUCUUGUUCUAUUGUUCUACGGUUACUAUUGAUGCGACAGUCUUUACAUGCCGAUAAUGAUCGGAUAAAACCGGAUAUAUCUGAUAAUUUUAAAAUGCAAAUUGUGUCAGUUUUGAUCUGAUUAUUUUUGGUGCUAAAUUGGACAAUUGAUUCGUCUGAUAAAGCUGAGUGGUGGGUGAUAAAAUUCGUAUCAUCAAAAUGUCGAAUGUCGCGAAAACGCCUCUAUUGAAAGAAAAAGGUUCAAAAAAGCUGUAUGUUUUUCCUUUUUUUAUUGAAGAAUUCAUAUUAUAAAUAGCUGCAUGCCCUAUGAGUCUUCCCCAGUUUUUGUGUAUAAUCGAC